ACGGAGAAGAAAAUCUAAUUCUGAGCUGGCCAAACAGCUAAACCAAAUUUGCCAUUCACACAUGUGUUAAGCUUUCACGUUCGAAGAUUUCGUUUGGAGCUGCUCGUUAAAGUAUUGCGUGGUAGUUCACUGACAAUAGCCGCAGCCGCAGUAGCAGCUAAAGCCAAAGCAUGACCAUCAAGCCAGUCAGUGCGCCAAGUGGCAAGCGCGUUGUCGAUGGGGAUGCCACCGAGGCUCACGUCUCUGGGCAGGUAGUGGUCGUCGAGCAAUCGGUUGUCAAUCAAUCGCAUCGCAAUGUCGUCAUCGAUGGGCAUGGCCAGAGUCCACAACGACGCGGCGAAGUCUACGACGAACUGACACGCACACACCGCUGCAGUCCACAUAAGAGUUCCCGCUCGAAGCGUCGUGAACACCAUGAAGGCCAUGCACACCAUCACAAACGGGAUCGUUUGGAGCGUGAGAAACUGAAUCAUGCAACUGUGGUUGGUGGCGGAGUUGCGGGCGUCAGCAGCAAAUGCAGCAGUCCCCAUUCAGUCGUCGGAGCUGCCGUGGCUGCCGGAACGGUCAACAGCAGCAAUGCCACUGCUGUGGGUCGCAAAUCACCAGAGCAUCUGGGCUUGGGCUGUACUAAUGUGCCGAACGCGCAGACUCAGAUGACGCCGGCUGCUGCAGCAGCCAAUAUGCUGAAGGCCGUCGAAGAUACAUUCUCUGGUUACAAUAGUGGUGACGAACACUUGCAGCCGAAGGAGCGCACUAUUUCGGCAGAGGAGUGGAAACGGCGCGACGAAGAGUUUGCCAAAUGCAUGGAGAAGCGCGGCUACGAACUGAGGGCCGUAGAGGAAGACGGCGCCUGCCUGUUUCGCUCCAUCUCUCUGCAGAUUUACGGCGAUGAGGGCAUGCACGAUGUCAUACGGCAGCACACAAUGGACUAUAUACAUGAGAAUCGCGAAUACUUUGGCCAGUUUGUCACCGAGGACAUCAAUGGGUAUAUUCAGCGCAAGCGCGCCCGCGAUGCACACGGCAACCACAUCGAGAUUCAGGCCAUAUCAGAGAUCUACAGUCGCACCGUCGAAGUCUUCUGUUAUCAGUCGACGCCCAUUAACAUCUUCAAUUCAGAGCAAUCACAAGCUGGCUAUCCGCCGUUGCGUCUGUCCUAUCAACGAGGCUCCCACUACAAUGCCAUACUGGAUCCGUAUAAUGCCACCGUCGGCGUCGGCUUGGGCUUGGCUGGUUACAAGCCCGAGUUUCAGACCAAGGAGGCAGUGCGCCUAAGCGAGCAGCUGGAAAUUGAACAGACAAUGUUUGAGGAUAAGCUGAAGACAACAGACUGGGAAGCCACCAACGAGGCCAUCGAGGAGCAAAUCGCUCGUGAGUCUUAUUUGCAGUGGUGCCGUGAUAAUAUGCAGCGUUCGCGCAGUAACAAUACAGCCGCCGGUUCGGCAACAUCUUCAACGGUGACUUCGGCCGAGGCACUCACCGACUCAGACGCCUCGCCCUCCAAGUACUCGAGUGAUGGCGGAUGCAGCGGCGGUGGCGGUGGCAGUAGUAAUAACAACAGCAACACAGCAGCCCCAAUUAACAGCUCCAGCAUUAGCGAUGGCCCGGCCACCGUUUAUACACUCUCGCCUAAAACACUUGGUCAAUACGCACACAAGCUGCCGCCCGAGGUAAAUGAACUGGGCGGCUACGAGAGUGACGCAACAGAUAUGAGCAGCACCAGCUCCGUGGGUCACUGUGGCGGCAAUGCCUCGCCCAACACAGCCCUAGCUCAGCGCUCCAACAAACUGUCCAAAACACAGCGUCGCAGCAACAAUCUGCGCAGCAGCAAGAAGCGCCGCCACGAAGUGCGCGAGACAGGCAAUAGCUUGGAAACACAUGUACAUGAAACACCGCAGCGCAAGAGUCCGAAACGUGAUGCUGCUCCAGCAGUUGCUAGGGAACGCACUCCGGAAGCAGAGCAACAGCCAUGCACCUCCAAGCAGUCGUCGCAGUCACCGCCCAAAUGCGUGGAAACCAAGUCGCCGCCCAAGCAGAGCUACUCGAGCUUUUAUCAGGAGUUGCUAGAGGCCUCCUAUGCCAACGACGGUGUCAAUGAGAACGAGAUGCUGCAGCAAGCCAUCCAAAUGUCUACGCGCGAUUAUAUAGACGACCAGAAGCGAAAAUAUCUGUGUGGCCCAUAGGUCUGCUCCUGAGUAGGCGAAAGUGUUCCCCGUCGCUCUAUUGUACAGUGAUUAAAUUUCUCUUUGCGCAACGAAAACGAAACACAACAAAUCAACCAAAAAUAAUCAUCCAUACACACACAUGCACACACACACUCGUAUACAACAAAAGAAACAAUGUGACAUUUUUGAAAGACUCGACUUGUAGUAAAAAUUUAUGAGUGAGGAAGUGUCUCAUGGACUUGGCUGUCCUGGACGCUCUGCAGCUAUUGGCACCUACACAUACACAACCACACAGGCAGGCAUACCUAAACGCACACACAAGCAAAUGUCUCUUAUAUAUAUAUAUAUAUAAAUGAAAUCGUUUUGAAAUAAGAAAUUGUUCUCGCAGGUGAAAUUAGUUCAAGCAUCAUAUUUUUUACAAAUGCUUGACUGAAUGAAUCUGCCAAUCUCUGCGAUGUAGUAGUUAUUAUCCGUUAACGCCCCUGGCGCUUAAACCGCCCUCUCCCGGUCCCUUGAAACGCCAACUUCCUUAAUUGCCUACAUAUUUAAUGAACCUAACGUAUAUUUUGUAAUAUCUUAAUUUAAGCUGUACGCAGGCAAUGAUCGAUCAUAUAGAGUAUAUAAAUAUACACAUAUAUAAAGAACGGCACGUAAAUAUGAUAAAAGCAUAUACAUACACAAAUCGCAUACAACUACAUGAAUAAUUAAUUAUAAUUACAUCAUAAUUAUACUGAUUAUUUGAUUGAAUAUAAUAAAUGGUGCAUAAUAAAUAUA